CACGAGUCGAUCACCAGAUCCCAUAGAAGAAAUCCCAGAGAAAAGAAAAUCCACCCCUGUCACCGAUCUCAUCACCGCCUUUCAUGCGGUGAAGCAACUGUAUACAACACCGAGGGCGGCAACUGUCAGACCGCCUGUGGAAAAGUGCAAAAGUCAUCGUUUUGCCGCUGCUUCCAACAAUUAUUCCACUCUUUCAUCCCACUCUGCUGUCUCUCCACAUCAUCGCAUUCCCCCUUCACAAUAUUCUGUCGGCUGUUAUCAAUCUUUUGGUGGCUUCUGCAUUGCUUAUCAUUUGAUCCACUGCCCUCGUCUCAUCCGCGACCCACGCGAGUGGUUGUUGAUUUUCGUGUGCUUUCUGUGGCCCACUGGAUAUUUUGCCGUACCGACCAAACCACCCCUCGGCCUCCUUUGUGCGCGCGACUCGAUCCAACCCUUGGUAUAUUCGACCAUUGAUUUAUUCUCUUCGAAGGUUGAGUGAGACCUAAUUACUCCCAUCGGGACCUUUGGCCCUGAGAAUACUCAACGCCGUUGGUUCCCGACCCUUCCUGUCGGGUCCUUACUCGCCGCCAUGGGUCGCAAACCGAACCAGCUGAUCCUCGAGUUCUUCAUCCGAGGCCAGAAACUCGAAGACGCCAGUAACCGUUACCAGCACACAUGCAAGGCCUGCGGAGAGAAGUUCCCCAAGGGUCGCAUCGAUAGUUUAACCAAUCACCUCGUUAAGAAGUGUCAAGCCAUCCCGCUGCGAGACCGUCAACGCGUCCUGUUGCGCCUUCACGAACUUCCCGAUCUCGCCGACGGCGAACAUAACAAAGACCCGAAUGUCGCGGGCCAGAACAAAGGAAAAGGCUCGGAUCUACCUUUCACGACUCGUCAGAAUUUUGAUGGUCUCAACGUGCUUGCUGAGGCCUCGAGGCAAGUGGGCGCGUCCGACCAGGGUAAACGAGGCGGCCCUGCAUACACUCAGUCGGUUACUGUCGGUGGGAAGACAGUCGUCGUCGAUCCUGCGCUUGAAGCCGAGGGCUUUCAGGGCCAUUUGCAAGCAGAACACGUCGAGGAAGACGUAAAGCCACCUGGAACUCCACAAGGCUCUAACGCAACACUCGCGUCCAUUCCCAAUGCUUCUCAGGACCAACCUUCGUCCGCAUCUCCUCAGUUGGCGGAAGCUUCGCUGACGCCGGACCCGACUUCCAAUGCUCGUCAGUCGCAACUUUCGAUGAUUGCUGCUUCUGCUAGCGAGAUGGUGCCACAGGGAAUAUCGUUGGACCAUGACCUUUCUGAUGGCUUGCCCAAGGUCAGCGCAUGGAAUCAACAGCUCUCCACUCAGGAACAGCUCCUUUUUGAUAGUCUCCAUGAACAUGACCCUACACUCACUGCUGCGACACAGCGAGCCGCCGCUUUCCCACGCCCGAUCGCGAUGAACCCUAAUUCACAGGCGAAAGGAUUUGUCAAUGAAUUCGGCAAUUCGACUAAACCGACGAAGCCGAAGGUGCGCGGUCGUUUUUCUGCAGCUAGACGUCGGGAGGUUCAGGAAGUCCGAAAGCGCGGUGCGUGUAUUCGCUGCCGUAUGCUCAAGAAACCUUGUUCCGGUGACAGUCCUUGCACUACUUGUGCCAGUGUAGAAAGCGCGCGGUUGUGGAAACAUCCAUGCAUUCGGACGCGCAUUGCGGAAGAAUUUGAAUUGUACAACGCAAAUUUGCACGCCACCCUGGCUUAUCACGACGUGAGCGGUAUCCGAAAUCAGGUCCAGUUCGAGCAUUAUGCCGGUCGUAUUGAGGUUACGCACUUUGAAGAAAGUAUGGUGUAUGUGACCUUCAGUGCUCUCCAGGGUCACAAGCCAUCCACGUCCACACUGGAUCCUCAGCUUCAAGGCCUUGGAGACGACUCACAGUUCCAAGGACCCCUUCAUGAACUGUAUCUGCUCGACAGCGAUGCAGACGACUUGCCUGGGAAGCUUGAGAUGUACAUCAAGAAGACCGCACCUUACUUUUAUGAAAGAGAAGCUUCUGAGGUCAUGAGGCCUACUCUGCUGCUAGCCUCGGAGCUGAGUCAACAGAAAAAGGAUAUUUUACUGGAGCGAGUGCUAGAGCUCUGGGUCGCCACUGAUAUUUUGGUUGAUUCAGACUUGCGCUGGAGAACAUUCUGCAAUCCAACCCUUCCUCCUACUUCCAUGCAGGCUCUCGCACAGCCGUCAGAUGAUGGACGCAUGCCGAUAGACGAGGUCACCAAUGCUGAGUCUUACGCACUCCUGUGCAGUCAACUGCGUGCGGCGACUGAAAAGCGCGCCUCACAAUUGAGCAAGUCGGUGAUGAAUGACCUCGAACGACGCCUUCUCCAACGUCAGCAGAGUGGCUGGUUCGAGACUUUCUUGGUUGCCCUCAUUCUCUUGAACUGUGUGGAGCGAACCUGCUGGCUGUUCCGCUCCUGGGAUGACGAGGCGUUUGCACAGCGGUGGCCCUUGGACAAGCGUCCUCCGUACUACGCCAGCCAGGGUGAUCGCUUUUCCGAUAUUCUACAAAUGUUGUUGAAGAUGCGCAGCUUACCGCCCAAGGCGGCCCCACGGCCCGAGAAUGGUAUUUUAAAGGCGGUAGACGGUAGCGACGUAAACGCAGCUCGCUGGUUUGAUAUGAUUAAAGUUUCUCCUCUCUUCCUCCAACAACGACAGGACGCUGCCUUUGACCCCAACGACUCUCGCUCCCUCGAUCUUCGCUACGGAGCAAAACUGUUGCCCCCUACAAACGUUUACACAUGAUUUGCGCUGGUCCACAAACUGUAACUGAUGAAACCAAAUGAACCGAUGACUAAGAAAAAUUGCCUCGUGCCGAUUUUUCCGUGAGAAACUCUGUACUUGACUGGGUCUGAAGGAGAGCUGUGAUGAAAUUAGCUGCUGAAAAGGCAUUUAUGGGAUUUCUUUUCUCUCUUUUCUUUUCUUUCAUCACCCCUUCGUUCGAAACUGAGCUCUCAAGUGUAAUCUACUGAUUCCGUGUCUCUUUCACGGUAUCGAUGUAUGAGUCCCCAUGAUUUCUAGUCCUAGCCUUAGCUGAAAAAUAAUAAUCUUCCUCCCUUACAGAACAGGGUGGUAUACUCAAUCAGAA